AUAUAAAAUUAUUCACCGACUUUCAAAUGAAACCAAAUUCGGAUAAUUAUACAUAACGGCAACACUACUCGUGGUCGAAAAGACAAGAAACGAAGCGGCUUAGAGCAAAGUCGGGCAAAGGGUACAGAGGGGACGAGUGGUACAUUCUCACAUUCGGCUGCUCCCGAGUUGUCUCGACGAUAGUGUCUUCGUUCUCAGUUUGGGUACUUCACAUGAAAUUAUUUAACUGCAUUAUAUUUCUUACAGGAAGAAGAGUUUAUAAUGUCUCUUAGUGAUUUUUUGAGAAGUGGGAGAUAUCCUGAAUCUUUAAUAAGGAAUUUGGAAGAUGAGAAGGUUGAUUGUGCUUCCAUUAUGUUGAUGUCGGAUGAGGAUUUAAAAGUUUUUUUUCCGAAAUUAGGAGACCGACUCUCCAUAAAAGACUUCUGCAAAAAAUCUAUUUCCUCUAAGAAAAUUAGUUUGAUAGAAAAACUCAAAGAAAAGAUGAAUAAAAAAGCCCGCACUAAAGAAAAUGAUUCUCCAUAUAGACCACGAAAGUGCUUGAAAAAUACAAGGGUGAUAGAAAUUGGAUGGCUGUGUACAAGUGAAGGGGAUAAUGUAUUUCGGCAAGUAAAAACUAAAGCAGGAGGAGGGACAAGGAAAGUAAAUAUUCCCAAAAACGUACUCUGCACAGAAGUAUUGGAAAAGGCCAAAAAUUUAUUUUUUCCCAAUGGAGUAUCUACGAAAGGACAUUUGGAUGAUUUUGAAGUGAAGCUCCUCGAUUAUAAAAGUCAUGAAUGUAAUUUAGAUUUGACCAUUCAGCAAAUGUACGAGUUGUCGGCACUAACGGUCUUGAGGUUUUAUAUGGGUACCAUUUAUAAGAAAGAGCCCGUUCAUGUCGAUGAAGAAACUUUCUUUCCCCAAACAGUUACUAGACCUCCAAAUAGUCCUGAAAAUAAUGUAGAACCGUACAAGCUUCACCUACAGAACAUUAGAGAAGAAGAUCUGGAGGUGAUUGAAGGUGUUGAAUUACCUGAAGUAAAUGUCAUUUACAGUCAACCAAGAGAUCCAACUGAGGAAGUUGAUCAUCGGAAAUCAAUUUUUGAAAAACUUAUUUUACACAGAGGAAAUAUAUUCAGAGAGUUGGUAGAGGCUGUUCAACAGAGGGAAAUCUAUUUUCGAUCAGUUCAGAUAGAAAUGAUUCAGAUAGAAAUGGCGUGCGGAGGCAUAUCAACUUCUAAAUUCAAAUGA